GGGCUUGCAGGCUAGGAGGCCUGCGCCUUUAAGGGGCGGGGCUGCGCCCUCUGUGGCAGACGCGGAUUGGCUGGAAGGGGUCCUCGGAAGUGAUGCACCGAGAAGCCCACGUGUGCGAUUCCAUCCCACAUGGCGGUGCUUCUGAAGAGGCUGCUGCAGUCGGCGAGGCCCCCCGCGGCCUUGGGCCGCCCCGUAGGACGGCGCGAGGCCAGCAUGGGCACUGAUCCCUGGGCUGCAGUGCGGGUGCGGUUCGCCCCCAGCCCCACAGGCUUCUUGCACCUGGGUGGCCUACGCACUGCCUUAUACAACUAUAUCUUUGCCAAGAAGCACCAGGGGAGCUUCAUCCUCAGGCUGGAAGACACGGAUCAGACCCGCCUUGUGCCUGGGGCAGCAGAGAAUAUUGAAGACAUGCUGGAGUGGGCAGGCAUCCCCCCAGACGAGAGCCCCCGCCGGGGAGGUCCAGCGGGGCCGUACCAGCAAUCCCAGCGACUUGAGCUCUACGCCCGGGCCACGGAGGCAUUGCUGGAGUCUGGCGCUGCUUACCCCUGCUUCUGCUCACCACAGCGCCUGGAGCUCCUGAAGAAGGAGGCCCUGAGGAAUCACCAGACGCCCCGGUAUGACAAUCGGUGCCGGAACCUGAGCCAGGGGCAGGUGGCCCAGAAGCUAGCCACAGGCCCCAAACCUGCUAUCCGCUUCCGCCUGGAUGGGGAGGCACCAGCCUUCCAGGACAUGGUGUAUGGCUGGAAUCGGCAUGAAGUAGCUAGUGUGGAGGGGGACCCGGUCAUCCUGAAGAGCGAUGGCUUUCCCACAUACCACCUGGCAUGCGUGGUGGAUGACCACCACAUGGGCAUCAGCCACGUGCUGCGGGGCUCCGAGUGGCUGGUCUCCACCUCCAAGCAUCUACUUCUGUACCAGGCCCUGGGCUGGCAACCACCUCGCUUUGCCCACCUGCCCCUGCUCCUCAAUAGGGAUGGCAGCAAGCUGUCCAAGAGGCAAGGAGACAUUUUCCUGGAGCAUUUUGCUGCUGCCGACUUCCUGCCAGAUGCCUUGCUGGACAUCAUCACCAACUGUGGCUCCGGGUUUGCAGAGAACCAGAUGGGCAGGACCCUGCCUGAGUUGAUAACACAGUUUGACCUGACCCGGGUCACCUGCCACUCAGCCCUGUUGGACCUGGAGAAGCUCCCGGAAUUUAACAGGCUGCACCUGUGUCGGUUGGUGAGCAGUGAGACCCAGAGACGCCAGCUGGUGGGGAAGCUGCAGGCCCUGGUGGAGGAGACGUUCGGCAGCCAGCUGCGAGACAGGGAUGUCCUGGACCCAGCCUAUGUGGAGAGGAUCAUCCUGCUGAGACAGGGUCACAUUUGCCGCCUGCGGGAUUUGGUCUCCCCGGCACAUUCCUACCUGUGGACUCGCCCUGCCGUGGGCCGAGCACAGCUGGGCGCCAUCUCGGAGAAGGUGGACUUGAUUGCCGAGCGUGUGCUGGGGCUUUUAGAAGGACCCGGUAUGAGCUUAACUCAGGACGUGCUGAGUGGAGAACUGAAGAAGGUAUCAGAAGGUCUGGAGGGGACCAAACACAGCAACGUGAUGCAAGUCCUCCGAGUGGCCCUCAGUGGACAGCGGCAAGGACCUCCGGUAGCUGAGAUGAUGGUGUCCUUGGGAGCGAAGGAAGUACGGGAACGAAUACAGAAGGUGCUUUCCAGCUAGAGAGAAGAUAUGACAGAGGAAGAGGCAGCCCUAGGAACCUGGACGUGUAUGGAAAUUGCCUUCAGAGCAAAGCAGAAGGGGCCUGGGGUCCAUCAGGAAGCUCACAGAAGGAAUCCCGAGUGGAAACGGUCUCUGGGUGCACCCAGUGCGUUUAUGGCUUCCUCUCACCUCUUGCUUGGUUCUGACACCACAUUACGCAGCACAGGUUAGGAGCUGGUUCACAAGGGCUUGUGUCAUAUUCAGCUCAGGCUCCCGUAAUGGCUUAAACAAGAGAAAGUUAACUUCCUCACAGUUCUGGAGUCUGGAAGUCCCAAGUUCAAGGUGUCAGCAGAUGUGGCUUCCCAGAGGCCUCUCUCCUUGGCUUGCCAUUGGCCACCUUUUCUCUGUGUCCUCGCAUGGUCUUUCCUCAGUGUGUGCUCUUGGUGUCUCUCUGGGUGUUCAGAUCUCUUCUUAUGAGGACACGGGUCAGAUUGGAUUAAGGCCUACCCUCAUGGCCCAAUUUUAACUUACCUCUUUAGAAGUGCUGUCUCCACACACAGUCACAUUCUGAGGUCCUGGGGGUUAGGGCUUCGGCAUAGGAGUGUUGAGGGGAUGCAGUGCAGCCCCUAACAGCUUGGCAUCUCCCUGGACUCACGGGUCGCAGUGUUCAGGCCCCGCUUGUAGGUGAAGCAGUAAAAGAUGAAUGACACCAGCAGGGCUGAACUGGAUGGCAGACUCUCUGGGGCUUGUAAAAGAAGUGACCGUCUGCCGAGGGCGAGCACUACGCUUUAUACCAGUCUUACACACUCUGCUUUGUCCUUGUAUUCGGGCACCUGUGUCUCCUUCUCUAAAGGCCCUUUCUUCCUCUUUUCUAGUUCUCCAGACCUGGUCCUCGGACUGGAGACCUUCAUCCCCCCUGUUUUACACCUUUUUCUUCAUACCUACCUCCUCCUUCUGCCCAUUCUUGUAAGUCAUUGUCUGCAGGUUUCUGAAAUAAGAUGUUCUUUUUUUUUUUUUUUAACUUUUAUUUAUUUAAGUAAUCUCUGCACCCACCAUGGGGCUUGAACCCACAACCCUGAGAUCAAGAGUCACAUGCUCUUCCGACUGAGCCAGCCAGGUGCCCCUGAAAUAGGUGUUUUCAUUGGGGUGAAUAGGAAUAGCUAAAGAGAAAGGAGGAUGAUGUCUGCCUAUAAAAACUGUACUGGAAAAAUAAAAUAAAAAUUUGAAAAAGACCCUGCUGGGGCUCCUAAGCUUUUCCUGUAUGGCAGCCAGCCUCCAAAAUGUCCCCCAGUCAUUCCGCCGUCCUAGAAGUCACAUUGAGUAGGGCCGACUUGUGAUGCCUCGUGGCUUCUGUCUUAUCCUCUUGGAUCCCUUGCUUUGUGGGAAGCCAACUUCCACAUCACAAAGACACUCGGGCAGCCCUCUGAAGACAUCCGUGGGACAGGGAACUGAGACUUCCUGCCCACAGCCAUGUGAGCGAGUCAUCUUGGAAGCAGGUCUUCCAAGCCCCGGUCAGGUGUUCAGACACCAUCCUCCAUGAAAGAUCCUGAGCCAGAACCACUCAGCAAAGUUGCUGCUGAGUUUUGGACACACACAGGUUAUAAGAUAAUAAACGUUUAUGGUCUCAAGUCACUUGGUUUAGGGAUAAUUUGUCACCCAGCAAUAGAUAGCCUUUUGCCCAGGAGAGUAGGGAAAGGGGAUUCAGGGUUUGUUAUGCUUUGCGCAGUCCUAGUCUUCGCUUCAAAAAAUACAUCAGAUGAAGUUCUUUGGUUGCAAGUAAUAGAAACCAACUCUGCCAAACAUAAGGUGAUUGGAGACUAUGGGUUUAUGGAGAGUUUAAGUCCGUGGGAGAGUCAAGGAAUCUAUGAGAAAGCCAAAGAAUCAGGGCUUGGAAAAGACAGGAAUUGAGGGCACUCUGGUUAUCGAGGCAGCAGGAGCUAAUGGCCAGUCUUGUUCUUCAGUGGGGAUGUCUGAAUCCUGGCUAGCUUUUUUGUUGCUGUGGUUUGUUUCCCUACUGUGUUUUCUCUUUUAGUUCUGGAUGACUCAUCUAAAGAUUUUGAUUUUUUUUUUUUUAAUUUUAUUUAUUUUAAGUAAUCUCUACACCCAAGGUGGGGCUCAAACUCACAACCUGGAGAUCAAGAAUUGCAUGCUCUUCUAACUGAGCCACCCAGGUGCCUCUAAAAGAUUUAGAUUCUAAAAAGAGAGUGUCUUGGGGAGCCUGGGUGGCUCAGUCAGUUAAGCCUCUGACUCUUGAUUUCAGCUCAGGUCAUGAUCUCACCGUUCGUGAGUUCGAACCCCGCAUCAGGCUCUGCUCUGACAGCACGGAGCCUGCUUGGGAUUCUGUCUCCCUUUUUCUCUGUCUCUCCCUUGCUUGCUCUCUUUCUCUUUCAAAAUAAAUAAAAAUAAAGUAAAAAAAUAAAGAGAGAAUGUCUUUUUAGACACCAGCGGUUA